GAAGCGGGGAAGGUGGUGGCCCGUGGUCUCCUCAAACCACAGGGAAUGAGGCUGAAAUGUUCAGAAAAGGGUUUAUUUACCGUAUCAAAUUCCUGCCCGGGUCUGAGGCAGAAAAGGCAGAUGGAGGCUUUUUCCUCCCUCUUUUUUUUUCCAUAUGGGUGCGGGGACCAAACAUUGUGUCCGCCUGCUUUCCCCCACCAAAGAUCCCCCUCCGGCCCAAAUUCGGGGCUCAAUCAUCGCAAGCAUGCCAAAACACGAGGCAGGCUGUGGUGUGGGGGCGGCUCUCGUCCGUCUGUCCGUCCGUCUGGGGUUUCCUCAGUGUUCUGGGUUCAGUCCUGCUUUUUUUUUUUUUUUUUUUUCCCUGUGUGAUUUCUACCUGUUUUUCAGCAGGGGUGAAGCGUUGCUGGACAGGGCAAUGUCAGCGCCUUUUCUCAGGGUGCUGGCCACCUCUGGCAGAGUUUGUGGAGUUUUGUGGGGAUCGCUUUUGCUUCCCGAGCCGUUUCCAAGUGUAAAUUAAUAAAGUAUUUUUCCAGUCAAGCAAAUGUUAGUCAGCGAUGGAAGAACUGCUGAACUGGCAGCCCUUGAGGUGGACGUGUUCCCUCACCGAGCAGGUUCCCGACGCUUCACCCGUGGCGUUUUGCUUUACCUCUGCCUUCGGCGAGCCUUUUAUUUUGGGAUGAGAGGUUGGUUUUGAGUGGGAAGCAGUCUCCAAAGCAGGGGUAGAAAAUGAAGAUGAGGUAGAUUUUCCUUUAGGGGAAAAACUUGAUUUUUGGUAGGUAGAAAGAGAGAAACAACUUCAUAUAAAGGUUCCUGUCUGCUACACUCCAGCAAACACCCCAUGUCUCCAUCACAGCCACCAGCGAGGCACCCAAAUUUGCGGCCAGUAAUGGGGACAGUCUCUAUGCGUGGGACACCACAAACACACAGUGGCUUCAAUAUCUCUGGGCGCGUGGAGCAUGAACUCCUUGUUGUCAGCUUUGUCCCCCUUGCGUCACAGUAACCCGCCAGCUCUGGGUCUAUUUUAGGAUGAUGAGGGGUCACGGACUUUUCUGCUUAUGUUUUCCUGGGAGUUCCCUGCCUUUGCAAUUAAACUGCUGCGGAGCUUUGUGAUUAUGUCAGCUGCAGGUAACAGGGAUCAGCGCUGUGCUUUUUGUAGCCACCUCUGCUUUCCUUCUGCUCACCCAUCUGCCGUUUAUGCAUCAUUUUGCUUCAUUUCUUUUCAUGUUUUCUAGCUGUGUACUUAUUGUUCCUUUCUCUACUGUUUCUGCCCAGCAUUUGUGAAGUAGUUUGAGGACCUUCAGUGGGGAGAAAGUUAUAAGAAUACAAGCUAUCAGUGAAGCAGCUUGUUGCAUAGAAGGAUUUUGCAUGCUUAAACCAUCCUCCACAAAUAGGCAGUAUUACAUUUACCAAACUUGGUGGUUUACUGAUGUUUUUCCGUAACCAAGGCGUACAUUGUGUUAAAGAUGUCAUGUUGGCACAAAAGAGAGGAUGAAUUUAAUAGUAAUGAUUGUGCAGGGUGGAGUAAACCAUGGCUGCAUGUGGAGGAGGGUUAAUCCCAGUCUUACUCUCUGCUGUUUCAUGAAAUUAAUUCCCGGUGCUGCAGUUUGGGGUGGAGGCGAGCAGGGGGCUGCGAGGUUUCCGAGGGAUGGUUGCGGUCGCAAGGCGGGGCGGGCGACAUGAGAUAACGGUGACGGCUGCUGGCAGGCUGUGGUGAUAAGAGGAGCUGGGCGAGGAGAGGGGAAAUAAUUCAGCUCACUGCGGUUUCCUUCACGCAUCGAGGUGGUGGCUUUUCCGGAGAGGGGACAGGGAGGCUCUCAGCAGAACCGCGUUUUUCUGGCAGCACCGUUUAUUUCCUUCGUUUCUCUUUACACGCCAUGCAUCUCCUGUCCUUGGCUGUGCGUGGCCGUGCACAGGAAGAUUUAACAGGUCCUGAGUUUGGAUUGAUUUACGAUUGCUGGUGCUAUCUAGCAGUCUUGACUGGGGUUCCUUGCUCCAUGAGGACGUUCUACCCUAUGGCAUCAUGCAAAAUCCAACCAUCGUGCAGUAUCGGUGCCUGCAUCCCUGCCCAGGUCACCUCCAGAAGAGUCCAUGUCCAGUGCCUGGCCAGCCUACAAAAAUAUGCUACAAACCAGAUAAUGAAAAUGCAGCAAAAUUAAAUCAGUUUGUUUUAACAGCAGAGCAGAAUGGGUCAAAAGCGUAUUAAGCCAUGCUGAUAAUGGAUGUAGAGUGAGAGCCAGGCGCUUAAUUCAUCGUCUGAGGUGUUUAAGGCUGAAUGCUCACAAAUCCAUUCCCAGCAAGAUGACAGAGGUAAAACCUCACUUAAACUGAUUAACUUGUCUCUUCCAGAGCGUCUACGCAGGGAAACUGCCAUUUAAGAUUUGCACGUGCAGCUGGGAUUUAUUACAAGCUUGCUUUCUCUGCGGGCAGCGGCAUCACUGAGUUAGGCCGGGUGGGACGCGCCCAGUAACGUGAGAGGAUGUGCUGGGACUCUUCCCAUCACAAGCUAACCUUAAUUAUGCCAGUAACGUCUUGCAAACCAUCAGAGUAGAGACCGCACGCCUUAAUAUAGCUUGCAAACGGACCUGUGUUUGCUUUGGAAGGGACCCAGUCUGGUGCAAUACUGCUGAGGCUGUGAAGUGUGUCGUUAAUGAGAAGAUAGUCUAUGCAGAGCGGCCUCUAACUGACAACAACAGAUCUUUGGCCUCCUAUGGCUUGAAAGACGGGGACGUGGUGAUUUUGCGACAGAAGGAGACCGUAGAGCCACGGCCCUCCAUCCGUUUCCCAGGUCUGCCGAGGAUAGACUUCAGCAGCAUCGCAGUUCCUGGGACAUCCACUCAGCAGCACCAGCCACCAGCACAGCGUCUUCGCCCGUCACCUCCCGAUGCACCUUCGUUCCCUCAGGGUUUGGACAAUCCGGCGCUGCUACGGGAGAUGUUGCUUGCGAAUCCCCACGAGCUGUCCCUGCUGAAGGAGCGCAAUCCACCCUUGGCGGAAGCGUUGCUCAGUGGAGACCUUGAGAAAUUCACCAGGGUGUUGCUGGAGCAACAGCAGGACCGAGCCCGGCGGGAGCAGGAGAGGAUCCGACUCUAUUCAGCUGACCCUUUUGAUCUCGAGGCACAGGCCAAGAUAGAAGAAGACAUAAGGCAACAAAACAUUGAAGAAAAUAUGACGAUAGCAAUGGAAGAGGCCCCCGAGAGUUUUGGCCAGGUGGUGAUGCUGUAUAUUAACUGCAAAGUCAAUGGACAUCCUGUGAAAGCCUUUGUUGACUCAGGUGCCCAGAUGACCAUCAUGAGCCAAGCUUGUGCUGAAAGGUGCAACAUUAUGAGACUGGUAGAUCGGCGGUGGGCUGGCAUUGCUAAAGGUGUAGGGACGCAGAAAAUAAUUGGCAGAGUGCACUUAGCUCAGGUCCAGAUUGAAGGGGAUUUCCUGGCGUGCUCCUUCUCAAUCCUUGAAGAGCAGCCCAUGGACAUGCUUCUAGGACUGGAUAUGCUAAAGAGGCAUCAGUGUUCGAUUGAUCUCAAGAAGAAUGUACUAGUGAUCGGCACAACUGGCUCACAGACCACUUUCCUCCCGGAGGGCGAGCUCCCAGAGUGUGCCCGGCUGGCUUAUGGGGCUGGGCGGGAAGAUGUGCGGCCAGAGGAGAUUGCAGACCAGGAACUAGCAGAAGCAAUACAGAAGUCCGUAGAGGAAGCAGAGAAUAGUGACAAAGAAACUACCUCACUGGAAAUGCCCUCAUUACCAGCUUCUGAUGGGUUUCAAAAUCCAGUCCAGUCUUCAGGACUAAAUUCCAAGAUCUGUAAUCCCACAAAUCAAUUACUUGAUCGUUCUGUCUCUGCCCCUGCUUCAAUUUGCUCAUCCAAAUCUAGCCUUGCAGAGCCCAUUGAUCCUAGAGCCGUCAAGUCUUUUGAGUCUUCAACUGAAUGCCAGAUAACCCCAGAAGAAGAACAUCCUCUCUUAUUACAGCAUCUUUCCAGUAACGCUUCCUUGGCAAAUAACGACCCUUCUCCCCAGACCGGGGAGGUAACCUGUUGCAAUCCAGCUUGCCUUUCACAGAAGACACUCAAAGAAACCUUUAUUGCUGACAGUCUAAAGGAAUGUAACGCUAAAGAACAAGACCGUGGUCAGGAACGCCUUUUGGAAGUGACAAAAGAAAAUAGUUUGGCUGACACUGCUGCUAAGCACGGGCAAAAUAAAGAUGUAUGUCUGUCUUCAGAACAGGUGGAACAGGAGCAAAGGCGUGAGCUUCCCAUAGACCAUCAGAUGUGCAAAGAACCAGAAAAGGAACAUCUGGAGGAGCAAAUUGAGACAACUGACCCAGAACCUCCUUGCCAUGUUGGUGGGGUUCAGAAACCUGUUGUGGAAGAAGCCAGCCAGCCAGAAAAUCCUCCUACGGAAACAAGAGGAGAUGGACAGGAGAAAGCAGGUCAUUCCUGUCCAGAAGGGAGUAUCCAAGUGUCAGCCUCCUGUAGCUGUAUGCAUACGGAACCCUUCAUGGAAAUAGAUGUAGUUGAGCAGUCUGUAGCUGAAGCGCACAGCUCAGCAAGCGAGCAGAAGCGGCAGGCUGAGAACAGAAGUGUAUCUGACCUGAACGUGGAUGCCUUUUCCAUGGAGGUGGAGUCACUGAAGUCUGCAUCCUCCUUGAGUGAUCCGCUUUCCAUCGGUGAUGUCCCGCAGUCUGAAAGCACUAGUGAAAUUCCUGCAAAGUAUAACAAGUUGUCUAAUUUGGCGGCUGAAGACAGCUCUUCCCCCUCCAGCAUCCAUCAGCUGGACACAGAUCCAGGAAGACCUUCAGAAGAGCCAUGUUUCUCUUUAGCAUCAGCCUUGAAAGAGCUUCACAAACUCUUGAUUAUCAGUCGGAAAGGAGAAUGUAAAGUCCUUGCCUCUGAAGAAGUCUCUCAGCUGGAAAUGGUUCACAAAGAGCCAGCAGCACAGCAGAAGGAGCUUUCUGAAGAUGAACAGAAAGGUUCAGAUCCAGCCAGCCAGGAACAGAGUUGUUCCUUCUAUGAGGUGAGGUCUGAAGGUGGAAGAGCAGAGGGGCAACAGCCUUGUGAUUCUGGCAUAGAAAACAUCAGCACUGGGUCUAUCAGUCACAUGCAGUCUGUUCUCGGAGAAGGUGCUUUAGAGAUUCAGAAGUUUUCAGGUAAGAGUGAUUUGAUCAUGGUGAAUUCUGCAGCGACAUCUGACCAGCAACAGGGCUCUGAGCAGGCAGAGGUUUUGGCAGAAGGUUAUUGGAGUCCAACUAGUCCGACUUUGGAGCAAAACUUGUCCAUUUCCUCUGCACCUGCUUUGGAUGGAGGUGCACCUCAAGAUACUCGGAGCCUGUUCGCAGCAGCACCUAGGAGAAGCAGCAGUUCUGCUCCUGAAGGUCCGUGGCCGUUGGGUGGGUGUGAGGAACCACUGCUGAACCCAUCAGCUGGCUAUACUGGACCUACCUCAGGUGCGUCUCCACCACCUGCUUUCCCUGCGGCUGAUGUUGAUCGGAUCCUCGGCGCUGGUUUUACCAUGCGGGAAGCUCUUGAGGCUUUGGAACAAGCGGAUGGAAACACAGAUCUUGCUCUUCUCAUUUUGCUAGCCAAGAGUAUUGUUGUUCCUACAUAACUAUGGAAGAGGUAGCUGACUGGGGUGUCUUUUCUUUUAAAGGACGUAUCUAAACUAUACACCAUAAUGUACAAGCAGAAUGUUGAGCCAGAUUUUUUAAUUAUUUGCAGCCAAAGUAACUUUUCUCUUCUGUUUCACUCGUUAGAUUUGGCCUUUUAAAAGAAAGAAAACGUCCUAGCAUUGUGUGGACAGGAUAGCUUUUAAUUAUGCAUACUGGAUUAAAAUUAAUGUUUUUAUUUAAAUGUACAAUUAUUGAAUAAGCUCCAGUGUUACGAAUAAAAAGCAGAAGCCAUUAAGAUCACCGCCCUGUCCAGCACAAAGCAGAUUAUGAAGUGAAUUGACCGUGUGUGCGUGUGCACGGGACAGGAGGUGCACGCUGAGUUCGGUAUGGCGCAGACACAAAACAGUGCUUGUCCAAACGGACUUUGUGGAUUUGUUUUAGUUCUCCUGCGCUUUGUAACCCAAUGUCCAUCUGUGAUGCUGGUGAAACUAUUACGGCAGCUGCUAAAGGUAUGUAGAUGCCCACAGACGUGUAACACUUUGCAAGAGGAGUGAGGGGUGGAGGGGGGUUUUGGAAGUGUGCGUUUUCGUGUGUGCACGGGGAAGGCUGAUGCCUAUUUUUGCCAAACCCUUUUAUGCUCUUGGGCCAGUGUGUUCAAGUUUACAACGUGGGGAUAGAAGAAGGGAAGGGAUAGAAUUUGGUGCUACCAAAACUUAAGAGAUGUUUUAACUUAUUUGAAGAUGUGCUGGUAUUAAUUGUAGCGGGGGGGGGAAGGGAAAAGGAAUAUUUUACUUUUAUUUUUUUCCUAGCCUUGCCCACAUCAUGUUUCCCUCAUACAAAAGAACAAGCUCAACCACUUUAAGGCAAAACCUUAAUGAUGAAAUUGUUUUAACCAACCAACCAUGUGUUACGGCUCUUAAUCCCCCUCUGCCUGGGGAAGAAUGAACUGUUUCAGUGGAUGCAUUCUCUAUGCACCGAGCAGGGGUAUGAUCAGAAGAAUGAAGAAAUCUGCUUUGCACUAGUUUUUCUGGAUAUUUGGGGAUGAUCAGCCUCUCAGCUGUGGAAAUGCAAACUGCAGAAAGCCUGUAGCGGCUGGUGGGGUACUAAUUUAAUACCUCUUAAAGAGCGAGGGCUCCCCAGUAGGGUUUAUGAAACAAAUGCACUGACAUGGCUUCUGCAUUAUAACCAUCGUGGCCUUCUGGGAAGUCCCUGGUGAGUAGCCUGCAUGAUGAGCACUCAUCUCCUCACAUCGAGGCUGUGCUGUAGAAAGCCCUUUCCAGAUGCUUUUUUUGGGGGAUGAACUACUUUGUGAUGCUCUGCAAAGCCACAGAACACUGUUGGGGCUGGGGAAGGGGAAGGAAAGUGUGGCUGAAACAUGAUACCAAAUUUUAAGUAGGAACUUUUAUUUAGUCCCACUUGCAAAUCUCAGAAGUGGCUUUGUGUCAAGUGUUCAUCUUGAACUUUCUGUUUUGAGCUAAACCUGAAGUGAUGGGUCAGCAGUGGCUGGAAACGUGUUUUUGUUCAUGGCUUUCAUUUGUUGUUACCAUUGUCUCAGGCCUGUGUUCCGGGUGUUUUGUUUUCACUGUUGCUUAGCAGAUUUGCCUACAUGUAUGCUAGGCUUUUUCUCCAUGCAGGGUGGCAUUUAAAAACAACACAAAUUUCGUUUCAUCUGUGAACUUGGAGGAGUUUCUGAUGUCAGUGAGCGGUGGUUGUCAGAUUUUUCUUAGGCGCUCGGGCAGCCAGGAGAUCCUUUAGAAUAAGGAAGAGCUUUAAGGCAUUCCUCUGUUGAAUGGAGCUUUUGCAUGAGCUGUGAAUGUACCAGCUAGGCCUGGGGCUCCCAGACACGUUUAGCUCACAUAUCCCGCUACUCGUGAUGCUGGCAGCAAGCAUUGCUCCGUGCGUAUGUAGGAAGCAGUGCUUGGCUGUUUGGGAACCCCUUGCUGGAGCAGCAUCGAGUAAUUCACUUGAGGCUCUGUUCAAAAUGAGUUACUGAGGCAAGACGACAGCUUUAUGAUCUUUAGAGGGCAGGUGGUAAGAGUUACCCCUGCUGAAGUGUUUUUUUAAUGUUCUCCUUGCAAUGACCACCUCAAAUCAGCAAAAGGCCCCACUAAAGGGUAACGCUUGGGCUGGUACAGGAGUACAGUGUCAUCAGAUCUCUCCCUUAGAAGCCUUAGGAAAUAAGAUAUAUUAGAUCCAUUCCCAUCUACAUCUGGUUCACUAUCAAAAGCAGCAACAAGAAUGAGGCUCUCAGAGCCAGAGCAUCAGUCUAAACGGCUGAAUCUGCUCCCGAUUCAUGCCACAGGUCUCAGUGAGGUGGUCCUGGGAGCAAGCCCCCAUCUGGUACGCAGGUCCCAGCUGCAGGUUGGCUCUCUUGGAUGCACGAGAGCUGAAUUUGCGCCCUUAGCCUGCAGGUCAAUCUACUGCCAGCUUCUUGAAGCAUCAGAUGUUAGCCAUUCAAUGUUAUACCCUUUUCAUAUUUACACUUUAUGUUUUUAGAAGCAAUUGCUAAUAGCUAGACGAAGUACUGCUGCUUUGCACCAAACUGGUUAAAGGCUCUAGUUUUAUGGCCACAUUUACUUAGACUGCAUAUACAGAAGUUAUGCUAUAAAAGCUUUAGAGCAUCAGCCAAUUUGCUUCAAUGCUCAGUUUUAUUCUUUGUCAAUAUAAUUUUUGAAAUCUGCCCUUCUGCCAAAGCUGUACUGAAGCAUUUAUCAGUAGUGCUAGAAUUUCCUGGGUAACUUUCUCUGAACUGCUAGGAACAAAGCCUGACCCCCAACUGAUAAACACUUGUAAAACUAUUUUAUUAAGUUGGUCCAAGCCUGGUGAUUUAAAUCUCUUAAUUUCAGAGCCUUGCUUUGAGUGAAUGGCUACGUGCUGCUAAAUUAGAGAAUAGGGGUUUUUUAGGAGCAAGAUUUAUGUUGGAGAAAAUUGGGGCAGUGGUGAGUAUUUAAGGUUAAAACAAAAUGUAAUAGAAAGUGUAUUUAGCAAACGCCAUCUUAAAGUUGUCUUCUGUUUUAAUGUGCAUGUGUGUCCUCUCUGCUGUAUGCACACAUCCUUUGCUCAGCCUUUAGCAAUCCCUUAACUGGUCUCUGUGCUUACCUGGCCCACAAAGUGGGAAUAUUUCUAUUUAAGCAGGAUGGCAGACCACUACAGCUUGUUGGCUCUAGCAGGGGAUAAAGUUAAUGCCAAAAGCUGCUCAGGUUUCCAAGGAGCCACGUACCCUGGCCUAAAAUAAGGCUUUUCACUGUUUUCUCUUCCCCCUUCUCAUUAAUCACUGCUCCAAUGUACUAAUGUCACAUCAGCUUAGCAGAAUGAUUUCACUAUGAAAAGUCCAUCUAUAGAGAAUAAAGCAACACUCGGAAGCUGCUUCAUAAAGAUGCCAGCACCUGUGGGGACCCUUGUGGGUCUGUAGAGCUUGUUUCUGGGUGUUUCCUGAAGCCACUGUGGUCAUGUACCUCACUGUUCAUUUCCGAGAUGUAUUCUUUUCCUUAAAGAUACUAAAGGAGUUUACUUGGCCUCUUGCUAUUUCCGUACAUGAGGCUCUGGGUGAGUUUAGAGGUGACGUUUAGUGAAAUACUGACAUCUGAAAGCUGCUGGGCACAGAUAAUUCUGACAAGAGGAGGAAAUUAUUUCCUGGUGACAGUUCCUGGCAUGUUUACCUGCUGCUGGACAGAGCUGAGCUACGCUGCGUUAUCAUGACAAUCUCUGCCUUGUUGCUACGUAUGUUCAACUUUCUACGUAGACACUUGGUCUCCAGGACUGUUAACCUUGUCCCUCCUAGAUAUGUUCCCUUCUUUCUGUCUUUGUCUCUCCCUCUUGCUGUCUCCUUUCCUCAAAAGUAGCAAUAUUUAAGUGUACUUGCUGAAUGCUUAACUUCCAGAUAAGUUUUCUUUAAAACACUAUGCCAUUUACAAAUAAAAGGAGGAACAGAUCCUAGAGGUUUCUUCACCAGACUUGGACUUCUUGCCAAAUGGCUCCCCAGAACUCUGACGUGAAUUCAAAGAGGAGAAAUCGAGAGGUAUUUUUGCCUACCUCUUUUGGAAGUCAGCUUGGGAAAUGGGGUCGGUUUCGUGUACAUCAUUCUCUUCUGCAGCAUUCAAGAGAUUUCUUCCUGCACUGUGUAGACGAGGCUUAGUCCGUGAUCCAAAUGCGUAGCGGUUUGGGUUACUCUUUGACUGAUGCUUUUUAGCUGAAGAGUUUUACAAACUCACUUAAGGAACUUGAGGGAAUUAAUACUCAGGAAUCCUAAAGGUUGCAUUUGUGUCAUUUACUCUUCUGGGCUGAACAUACUGCGGUUGACCUUGCAGGUGGCUGAAGGGAGGAGUGGUUGUGUCAUCAGAGAAUGGGAUGUGGUUCUGCCCAAAGUAAUACACACUUGAUUCUUUUUUUGAUUUUUUUUUUUUUUUUUUUAAUAUUGGGGGACUGUUUAUCAACAAAAUUGACGUGUAAAAAAAUUUGAUAUUUAAAAAAAAUGAAUAAACACUUUAUCAUAAUGUUG